UUUUUCAUAACUGAACUGCGUUGUGUGGUAAAGUCAGCGCCACUCACGGGGUUUGACAGCUAGUAUAUUCUGGUUUACUAGUGUACUUGUAAAAUUGACAUUGUAUACGUAACAUUUUGUUAGAUUUAUUCAACUAAACGCUGUUUUGUAAAGUGUUUUAUCGGAUAAUGGUUUUUGUUCGCCUGUGUGUUCGGUAAAGCGUCGAGCUUUAAGAGCAUCUAACGUUAAUGGCAGACACACGCCCACCUGACCUGACAAAACUGGAAGCAUGUAGCACAGAUCAUUCAGAAGACUUUUAAAGACACCUGUCUGUGUUUCAUCUUUAUAAAAUGUCAAGUUUCCUCAAGCAGCAUAUGUCCUCUAUGGUGAAAGAAAUAAUUCCACUUGGUAUACCACGACACAACAGUUUAGAUGCCACGUCUCGUCCUGUGUCAAGUAGUCCAUGUCUUGAGUCUUCUGAGAAGACUCCAAAACUCUUGAGUUCAGUGCCUAAAUGCAUCCCACCCACCAAAAACCCUGAGCUGGAGCAGAGGGACAAAUCCACUUCAGCCGCACUCAAAGCCUCCAACAAGAGAACAGAACUGCAUAGUUUUCAGAAUUGCAAAGUUGUUAUGAAAAAACUACAGCCAAACCAUGGCAACCUUUACCUCAGUAAAAAUGGCUCUCUUAAUCCUACGGUUAAAAAGGACAAUCUGCGAAGGAACAGUUCUUACAACAGAGACAGAGAAAUUUCUUUUGCUCUCAGUAAGGAGCUGAAUGAAAACUUGAGGGUUGGAGGAGGUUUGUUUCAGUCAGCUGUGAAGGAUCGGAGAUAUACACUUCCUCAGUCAUCUAACUGCAGGCGUAAUCCUGAGAGCCAUAAUUCCUACUCAUUCCAGCAUAGACCCAAAACCUCAGUUAACACUUUGGAGCGAAUCAUCCACCAUCCUGAUCAGAAAAAAGAUAUACUGGAGAAGAGAGACCACAAAACCUCCCACUGUAGCAACAUGUCCUUACAGAAGGAAUUAAGCAGCUCUCACCAAAAGACUAGUCCAGAGGGCAGGCUGUCCUUAUCUGCAAAGAGAAAAAGGGACAGUAGUACAGACAGUGAGAAGGAAAUGAAACGGACUUGUGUUGAUUUCCAACCCACCCCCAGCUCUUCCAUUAUAAACUCUCCUUUAAAGUACAUCAAACGUGCUUUUGUAAAUUCCAGCAAUGAGUCUGUGAUAACUAUAAAAGAUAAACAGUCCCCUACAAAGGUUCCUUCGUCAUCAAACACCAACAACAAACCGACACCUUCAUCUUCCCUCCCCAGGCAGCUGUUUAAACCAUGUAAGGACUCAAACACGGGGAGCGACAAACCUCACUCAUUUCAACUUACUAAAUCACCCACAUCUGCAGAGCCUAAAGAUGCUAUGGUGGCACGUGCCAACAAAAAUCCCAAAGCUCCACCCAGCCAGCCGCAUUUGCGCAAAGUCUCUCCAAAGUCAAGCACGACGUUCGAUAAUAUCGACACCCUCUUUACUCCAGACUACUGCUUAUCAUUGCCCAAAACUCAUAACAAAAAAACAAAUGGUGAGAGAGAAGCUUGUAUAGUCUCCGCACACACAACCUCCUCAUCCAGCCAUAAGGAGAGUGUUAACAUUCGCUCAUCCCCCCAUCAGACUGAUCUAAGAUCACCCAGCUUUGCGGAGCAAGCCAGUUCAUGUAAGAUGGAACUGGAUGAAAGAACACCAUUGAAAGUGGAGCAGUCACGCAGCCCCAAGGCUAUCAUGCCUGGCCCAGCUGCGUCGGUGAAAGUAGAAGGAUCAAGAGAACCGAAGUGCUGCCCCCAGUGGAAAGAUCCCUUAGAUAUUGAGCUGGGAGACGACUCAGGUGAUGAGCUGAGAGAAGGCUGCGCUAUCAGCCUGAGCAGCAGUAGCAGUAGUCAUGAAGAUGAGCAGCUGCCAUCCCUAAGGGACAUCCUGGAUUGGAGUGUCCGUGUGCCGGUAACUCCUGAAAAAGAUGCUUUCUCAGAGCCCAACACACCAGUCCCAAAAGCAGCACCCGAGGCAGUGAAAACCAAAGCCGUUAGUUAUAGAAAUACACUGGAGCAGAUGCUGCAAGAGAAGGAACAAUAUCAGAGGUCAAAAGAGUUGGAGAGACAGUUACUUGAGUCAUGUGAAGAGGAUCUGCUAAAUUUAGAUGAGGAUGAGAACAGGGAAAGUAAAGAGGAAGACAUCUCACUUGAGCAAAGGGAAUUUUUGCAAAGGUUCUUGGUCGCUUCAUGUGCCAUCAGGGACAUCCACCCAGGAGAGGAAGUAUUCAUACCUGCUAAGUUUGGUCGACUCUUCAACCACCAGACGCUGGACCUGAGGAAGAUUAGCGUGACUCCGCACAACAGAUCACAACAAAUCCUCCUUCAGGCCCGUACUGAACAUGUGUUGUCCCUGAUCAGUGCUGGCUUGUUGAGGAAAGCCUAUUUUUCUUUCCCUUGUCAGCCUGAGGUUACAUGCUGGCUUUUCCAGUUGAUGUCCGUUCACCCAAACCCCAUCGUUUCCUCACUGCUCAUGCAGUCCCUGCAAACCAUCGCUCUGUCUGCUGCUCAACACAUUGUUGAACACCAGAGCCGACGUUUUAAAGUGUGGGAACCCUCUAUACGGGACAUCACUCUGGUUUUCCUGAACAUGGGGGCGUCGUUCAUCAGUCUCUUCCCCCUGGAGGCCCUGCAACCCCCUUUUACUGAGGGUGACCUUUUAGAGGCCUUUCAGCCGGAAGAAACCAGCCAAGACAGAGUGAUAUCUGACAUGAAAGACAGUGGCACUUUACCAACGCAUAAUUUAGAGAGUGUUCUCAAGUACCUCUCUCUGUGUACUGCGCUGUGUCCGAGAGCGUACACUGACGAGGAGCUGCUGUUGCUUCUGGCGUUAGUGUGUAGAAUUGGACUGGAGACUCAUUUUCAGCUGCUACCAACUGGAAACUUCAGCCUCCUGCUCCAGAAUCUGCUCAGAAACAUCACAAACUGGGAUGUGCAGAUAUCUAAAACUUGCCAGAUCCUGACUGAUUUGUCAGAAGAUCAUCACAACCUCAGGAGACUCGUUUAUCUUCUGCCAGAUAGCAGUCGUGGAAAGCAAUUAAAACGACACCUAAGUGUAUCUAUCAUCUCAAAGCUUUUGAAUCACACCUGCACUUACAAACCUUCAGGCACAGAGUUUAAGCUAUCUGAGCUGAAACCUUUCCUACCUCAAAUGCGCCCCUCGUCCCUGCUGAAAGGCCUCAGGUCUGCAAGGAGAGAAGAGGAUUGUGAUGCUACUCUAGACCAACAAGCAUAUUACCUCUGCUACAGCCUUUUGACUUUGACAAAUGAAGCCUCCAAUUUUGAGUUUUUACCUUCAAACCAAAGAAAUGAUCUGCGGAGUCUUUCUUCUCAGCUGGAGAAGCACAUUAAGUGUGACAUAAGGGAGAGCGAGAAAAUGCUGUACAGAAGCAAGGUGAAAGACUUUGUGGCAAGAAUAUACACCAAGUGGCAGGUGCUUCUCACACGAACAAGGCCUCAAGAGGGAAAGCUGUAUGAUUACUGGAAGCCCCCACCAGAGGAUGAGUUGCCCAGCAGUCCACAGGACCAGUCCCGCAUCAAAGCACAAGACACCUCAGAGAGUGCAGAAGAAACUCUGACCGCGGAGUGGAGCAGUGCAGAGUCAGACGAAGAAGCUGAGAGCAAAGAGGAAGAGGAGGGCUGUGAGGAGAAGAUGGAACGAAGCAAUGAAAUUUGUGUGGAGGACAUCAGUGAUGUAGAGGAGAAAAGUGACGAGCCAAAGCAACAGCUGAUGGAGAUACGUGAUGAUGCAAAGUUGGAAGAUAUAUCUGACGAAGAGCUGUUUGAAAGUCACGAAGACUUAGAGAAUGAGGACGAUGAUGACGACGAUCUCAUGAAGAGAGAGGAGGAGCUUCUUAAAGAUGAAGAGCCUCAUGAAGAAGACAAAACGCACAUACCUGUAGAAGAAAACACUGAUGCAUUAGAGGAGCUUGAGGACUUGUUAGAGAAAGAUAAGGAGCUGUUAGAGAUGAAAGAGGAAGGGAUUUGAGAGGGGAUGUAUUUGGAUUCGGAGGAGUCUGAGAAAGAAGAGUUGAAACUUUCUCAGGUCAUUUUGAGAGAACUUUACACCACACCUUUGUUGCUAUCCAUUCAUAUGCACAUUAUGUAAGGAUUUUUGCAUUUAUUAAUAGUUAUAAAGUGACACACACGAGAUGCAUGUAGAUGUUUAUAUCUUUAUAAUAUAUGUUCUGCAUUUACAGUUGUUUUUACAAGGUUCCUCCCUUUUAAGAUAUAAGAUCUAUUAUUAAAUGUUUAGCCUCUGUUUCUCUGAAAACAAGACCUUAAACAUAUUUUUAUGUACAUAUAUUUAAUUUGUUAAAACUUAACAUCUAUUUGGUAAAUGCACACUGAUAGUUUCAGGAUCUACUCUUUAUGCUGCUGUUAAAUCUAUUCCAUUUAUUUUUUUAUAGUUAGCCAAAAACCUAGGCUAUCUUUAUUCAGACAAUGACUAUAGCAGCAAUAACAAGGGCUUAAAUCACUGUCGACUUUUUCUCUAGGUUUCAUGGAUGUUUAAGCAUCCCAAUAGGUUUGAGUACCUAGUGGAUAUAGUGUAUUUUUUAUUAUUAUUUUGUUAA